GAGAAUGAAUAUCAUUGCAAUGCCUAUGAUAGCAGUUAUAAUUUGGCAUAUGAUGAACCCCCUCCGUUUGUAGAACGGCGGUUUGGGAGGUUGAGGGGCAGGCGUGACCUUCUCCGAAUGGUCGAUGAAAGUACUCCCAUCGUCACGCCCAAAUCGUGCGGCGUUCGUUUGACUUCCAAACGGUUCGACCCCGCUGGAAUGACGUGCAGUAGGCCAGUGGGACAUCUUGAACUGUCUCUCUCUUUUUCUCGGCGACGGUGGUUGGAGAAGGGAGAGUGCUCGCUUUAUGCACAGGGACUUGCAGAUGCGAGAACUCUACGAGGGAGUCGGCUAAGAGGUUCGGGGAAGGCGCGCGAGAGAGGGAUGUUUUUGGAGACCAAAAGAAUUGAAGAGGCCAAUAACGAAAGGAAUGUGAGUGGCCAGGCGCGCAGAGAACUUCGAAACCCAAAUGCGAAUUUGGUAGGGGCCAAGAUCGCACAGAAAGGCGACUGUUUACGUGCUUGGCUUUUGUUUCAGGCCUUUUGUGUGUUUGCUGCGUUACCAUCAUGGAGGGAGAUGAACGGGGUAUACGGCUCUCCCAAUGGCCGUUGGGAGCCGGAGGGAGUGCACACAUGGUGCACCGAGUCGGCGACUGUGAUGUUGCGGGGACUACGACAGAAACAGUUCACACUUCUGAAACUCGCUAGCGACGGCCUUUCUCCAUAUGGCUCGACCCCUUUCGAACGCCUUAAAAUUGAUGGAAUCAUUGUCAAAAGUACUACUCCGAUCUGUCUCAGCCCAUGUUCGCUGUCUUCAGGCCCCUGGAUUGGAGCUCCAGAUGCCCCUUGA